CUGUGCUUGAUAUGUUUUGACCAGUUGGUGGUGCUAUGGAUCCCUGUGACCCUGACGUGCGGCGGCGGCUGCUGGAGCUCUGUGAUGUCACUUCCUCUCCAGACUUCCACUCAGAGCCCCGCCCCCUCCCUGAAGUGGAGACUGAUGGCUUUCUGCAGCUGGGGGGCAGAUUCUUUACUCUCUUCCCUGGAGUUCUGGACCGAGGAAGCUUCUCCGUCUAUAAAGGAACUACAGAGGACCACGACCACGUGCUCAUCAAGGUGGACAGCUGCUCUGUUCCCUGGGAUUUCCAUCAGUUUCAGCGUCUGAAGAAGAACUCGUCCGCCGCCGCCGCCGGUCUUCCUCUGAUCAGCUGUUUCCUGUUCCUGGACGGCUGCAUCACCGUCUACAAAAACCCGGCUGGUUACAAGUUCACAGAGCUGACUGAGCGCGCUCCCACCGAGCUGUUGGUCGGUUAUAAAGUCCUGGCUCUGCUGCAUCUGGUGUCGCAGCUGCACUCCUGCAGGCUGCUGCAUGCGGGGCUGCAGCCCAGUGUUCUCACCUGUUCCAAGGACACACACAGAGGUUCCCUGAGUCCUGAUUCGGUCUUCCCGGUGGACUGGUCGUCCUCGGUGGACCUGGACCUCCAGCAGGGCGUCACCUCGGUCCAGCAGAUCCCAUCGGCUCAGGCCUACAUCACUCUGGGUCUACUGGAGCCGACCGCCCCGCCAGAGCUGGUUGACCUGGUGGGCGUGGCCGAAACGGUCCACCUCCUCCUGACCAACAGCAGGAUGGUCGCUGUUAAAGACGAAGGCGGCUGGACGGCGGAGCGGUUCAGUGAAGACAAACCCAGCGUCCUGCACUCCAGAAAAUGGACGAGCUUUUUCCGGACGCUGCUGAACGCCGGCGGCCGCUCGUCGCUGUCCGUCCUGUCGGAGCUGCAGGAGCAGCUGUCGGCGCUUUUCGUCUGAGUCCUCUCCUGCUGGUUCUUCAUGUAUCUGUGUUUUCUUGUCAAACUAAAUAAAAAGGUUGUUUAUAAUUAAAUCUGCGUCUCGGUCGGGCUCUAACAGAGUCAGGAGCCAGGAGAACACUGGACACGCCUCCUCCUCAACGCUCGCCAAGUUGGUUACGUAGCAGAGGGAAACUUUUCAAAUGUACAUGUUGGCUUUGAGAGGAGUACACAGAGUACACAGAGUACUAACUGAAGUUUAAACACACCGAUCAGCCGUGACGUCGCGACCACUGACAGGAAGUGAAUACCUGUGAUGACCAUGUCACCUGUCAGUCGGUGCCAGAACACACGGUGGAGUCCAGACCUCCACGGGUCAGGACCAGCAGGUGGUCGUAAUGUUGUGGCUGAUCGGUGGACACGUUCAGAUUAAAAUGUACCAGAGUUCAAACCCACACAAGGGAAGGGAGGACCGUCGUGCCACGUAAGGUACCUGAGGUUUGAGUUGGUGACGGGGUUUGGUCAAACCGGAGACCAGGUCCUUAUCCCGCUGCUUUUAAGCCACUACUACCAUAUUAUAAGGUGAAGUUUCUGUAUUUCAAACAGCCUUAAGAUGCAAAAACAGAAACGGAUGACUAAUGACUGAAGCAGUAAGCCUUCACCUUAUCUAGCCACGACUCGCACUGCACAAUUUAUUUUGUAGUUUUGGUGUCGCACCAUAAGAGUUGUUAGCCGGACAAAUAUUGUGUUUAUUUUAUGUUGUCAGAGUACAAACACACCCUGAAAAGCUGUUGUGUAUUAAACAUGAAUGUGAGUCUUACAAUAAAAUGUUUUGAUAAAAUUCA